UCAAUCGACUGGUAUAAAUCCAGCUCGUGCCUCCGUUCCUCCGUCUCCGUGUCCGCCUCGCUCCAGCAUUCAGUUAUCCGAUUGGUCGAGGCGGCCGGGCGAGUCGCUACAAAUAAAGCCUCGUCUUGUUCUCCUCCGAUUCCGAGUUCUGGUUGAUGAUGAUAUCGGCGGAGUGAUCGAGGAAGGCACCAGCGAGAGGAGAGGAAGGUAGUCCCGGCUACUGCUGCUGUUCUUGUUGUUUUCUGGAGCGAGGAGGAGGAUGCCGUACUGCGUGGUGACAGCGGCCGCCGCCGGCGACGAGGAAGUGCGGAUCUUCUACCAGCGCUACGGCCACGGCGCCACCAAGGUCCUCCUCAUCAUCGGAUUCGCGGGCACGUACGAGUCGUGGGCCCCGCAGGUGAAGGGCCUGACGGGCGCCGUGGACCCCGUCGACGAGGAGUCUCCGGCCGACGACUCCGGCAGCGACGGCGCGUCGGAGGGCGUUGAGGUGUGCUGCUUCGAUAACCGCGGCAUGGGCCGCAGCUCUGUGCCGGCACAAAAGUCGCAGUACACGACAGUGAUCAUGGCGAGAGACGCGCUAGCGCUCAUGGAUCACCUGGGAUGGCGAAAGGCGCAUGUCUUCGGGCACUCCAUGGGAUCCAUGAUAGCGUCAAAAUUGGCCGCGAUUGCACCGGACCGGAUCGCAUCGCUGGCGUUGCUCAGCACCACCGGAGGAGGCUACCAGUGCAUCCCAAAGGUUGAUUGGCACACGAUAUCUCUCGCAUGCCGUUUCCUAAGAGCAAGAACUCCUGAGCAGAGAGCUAUUGUCGAUCUUGAAGUCCAUUAUACGAGGGAAUACCUUGAGGAAGCUAUUGGAUCAAGUACCAGACGGCAAAUGCUUUACCAGGACUAUGUGAAAGGUUUGUCAUCAGGUGGCAUGCAAUCCAAACAAGGAUUUGAGGGGCAAAUGAAUGCUUGCUGGACACAUAAGCUCUCACCGAAAGAAUUAGACAGGAUUCGAUCAGCAGGUUUCCUUGUUUUAAUUAUUCAUGGCAGGGAUGAUGUUGUUGCUCAGUUGUAUCAUGCAAGGAGGCUUUCAGAGAAGCUCCAGCCUGCUGCCAAGCUGGUUGAGCUCCAUGGAGGCCACCUAGUGAGCCAUGAAAGACCGACUGAGGUUAAUAUGUCCCUCAUGGAGAUGAUAAAGGCAUCAAAAUCAAACACAGAGCUAGGGGAGUGGUCAAACCUUCCUAAGAAGUCCGAUGGUCCACUUUUGACUGGAUCAGCUUGUUCUCUUGUGAAACGAGAUGAUAACAGCGUGAAUUACCUCGUGUUUACAUAUAAUCUACUCGGAAAGCUGCACCUUAUCUUGCUCUUCUUCUUUGGAGCAUUCUAUAUUAUUCUUGAGCAUGCAAGGAGAGUCCUAAGAAUUUUAAAGCCUGUGAGGGUCUCAGAUUUCACCUUAUAGAUCAAUUAGUUGGUGAACGAUUACAAUCCCAUUCAUUCAUUCCUCGGGAAGUGUGCAUUGAAAGAGAUAGAGUCAUAUGAUACUUUCGGCAAGAUUGUUAUUGCGAAGGUUAGAGACUUCAGACUGUCCUCCAAGGAAUUGUUUUCUAUCUUGUCCCCUGGUUUUGUCAGUGUGGGAGACAAGUCAUUUUCUGCAAUCCAGUGAGGAUGUGUAUUGUAGUGCCAUACAAAUGAAGUGCACUUGUCUCGUCAGAUGCUCUGUGUUUCCUGCUUGCACAAAAAGAUGAAAGCAGAAAGGGCACACCUGAUUAUUCAAAGGCGGUAAAAGAGUUAUUCACUUGCAAUGGUUGGUAAAUACAAUAUUAUUUGGGCUUC